AUGAAGCCGUGUUGGAGAGUCCCAGAGGUGUGCAAAGCCUGUACUCUAGGCCAGCCAACCCGACCAGGAAUCAAGGAACCUGAAAGUGCAAGCUUAGGUAAUUGCAAGUGCAAUUAUUAUGACGACCGAGUACCAUCGGAUCUCAAGCUAGGUUCAGCCCACGGCUCGAAGACUUGCACGGUCAUCGUACCGUACCGUAUUGCUGAAGCUGGUUUUGACUUCACAACUUUGCGUCGCUUGGAAUGA